GAAACGUGCACUAGUCUAACGUUCUUGGAAAUCUAGGGAAAUUUUGGCAAAAUAUCUAGGGAAAAAAAUAAUGUCUGGCAACAGUCUGUGACAUCUGGCAUUUGUGUAAUUGUGAGGUCUGCUGGUCAUUCACACUUUACUCACUGUUUUUAUUUGGGAAUCCAUUGAACAUUUGAAAGCACAAUUUUUUUGGUAUCUCAUCUACUCGAAGUUAGUCAGUCAAACCCUAGAUAAAAUGGCGGACAGAGACCGCGGAAAUAGUAAGGAUUCUCCUCCACAUUCUCGACUUUUUAUUAUUCACCCCAAACAUUUGACUGCGGAUGAUUUCAGAAAACAUUUUGAACCGUUUGGCACCAUAGAAGACUUGUAUGUUGUUAGAGAAAGAGGUGGAGAUCCCAAAGGUGUUACAUACAUCAAAUACUCAAAAACAUCAGAGGCUGCAAAUGCGAUGGAAAAAAUGAAUAAACAGACCCUUGGUGGUGAUCGACCCCUCAAAGUUAUGGUAGCUGCAGAGAGAGAUAGAGGUUCAAAAAAGGACCUGAAUGAAGAGGAAACAAUCCGUAGAUUGUUUGUCAUUGUACCUAGAACCAUUGUAGAAUCUGAAUUGAAGGAGAAAUUUGAGAAGUUUGGAGAGGUUGAAUCUGCAAUUGUCCUGAAAGAUAGAGUUACAAAGGAACCUAAAGGAUGUGCUUUUAUCAAAUUCAGAAAGUUCUCAGAUGCAGCCAAGGCUUAUGAGGAGUGUGACAGGUCAUACAAAGCCUUAUUUGCCCAGCCAAAAUCAGAAUCAACAGCACAUUAUGGUGACAGUCACAGUUCUAGCUUUGGUGCCAGCCAUAGUUCUGCUUAUGGUAGCUCAAGGUCCAUGCCAAGGUCAAGCAGCAAUGGAGGGAUACCAAGCCUACUAAGUUCCUCUAAACUUGUGCCACCUACUGAUUUUACAGAUGAGGGUUAUAAUAAGCUGAUUAUUACUGGUUCACCGCUUCUCAAUCAGGACCAGAUGUGGAGACUUUUCAAUGUUGUGCCAACAAUGGAGUAUUGUUCCUUGACAUAUGAAGGCGAUGGAAGACAUCCAACCAGAUGUGUUGCUGAAGUGAUGUACAAUGAUGCAGCUUGGGCUUCAUAUGCCAGAGAUAAAUUGCAUGGAUUUGAAUACCCUCCUGGCACCCGCCUUAUUGUCAGAUUGAAGAGAGUCAGAAAACUGACGAAUGCCCUUCCUGCUGAUUGCAGACCCAUUCCAUCAUACAGCCAUGAAAAGAAGGCCAACAAGAGGACAGCAACCGUGGCUGCAUUGGAGAAAGUUAAGCCGGAUUUGAUGCAGAUUGCAGAGACCAUCAAGCAGGCUACCUCUCUAAUACAAGCAGCUGGACUGUCGCCAGGAAUCAUAUUGAGUGAGAAAAAUCAAAAGGAUGAAUUAAUGUACUCCUGUACUGUCAAGUUGCCCCCAGUAGAACCUUUGGUGACUGGUGAAUGUGUUGCAAGGUGUUUCAUUGUGUGCAACCCCUACGCAUUGUCGCAAAAUGUACUGAGGGAUAUCUUUUGCCGAUACGGAAAUCUCAUUGACGUGUAUAUGGUCAAUAACAAAAAUUAUGGAUUUGCAAAGUUCACCUCGAAGGUCUCUGCCGAAUUAUGCAUACAGAAUCUACAUGAAGCUGAAAUAAACGCGGUCAAACUGAAGGUUAUCGAAGCUGAGGAGACUCCAGAGCAAAAACGGCGCAAAACUGAAGAACAGAAGAUGCAUAUCGAUGAGUCGAGUUUUUCUGAUCACUAAAAAGUUACAGGUAUUCGAAUACUUUUCACAGCACAUAGGGUGUUACUUAACGACAGGCCGUAAUUACAAGGUCGCAUUCAUGAACCAUAUUUGAGUAGAAAAGUUCUUAUAAACAUGUGCUCUAUAAAGUCUGGCUUCAAGGUUCCUGCUAUCAAGAUUUUAUUAUAGAAAAAUGUUUUUUUAUUAUUACUUCAAUAAAGCCAUUUUUUUAAAUUCGGGAAGGAUUGUUCAUUGUAAUAAGGUGCUAAGUUACCACUAAUUGGAAGAAUUUUGAUCUCCAGUGGCGUCUCGGAGGGCAGUCUCAUGAAUAAUAUUGACAUUUCAAAGUGAAUAAUUUUUUUGGAUUAAGCAGUUAGUGGUCUAAGUUUUUUGCUUUUUAGUAACUCUUCAUAGCUGGCUUUGUUUUCCAGGAAAAAAUAAAAAUACCUUGGUUAGGUGUUGAAAAAAUGAUAAAAUACAAGAGCAGAAGCCUGCGUAGAAGGAGUAGGUGGUCGCUUACAAAAAUUAUUGUCAAUAUUUCAUCAAAUUGUUGUUACUUUCUGUUCCUUACAUUCUAAAAUUGUGCAUCGAUCAAAUUAAAUUGAUGUUAUUUACAGUAUUGAUUUGACAUGUAAUGUAGUUUUUAUUUUUUUUACUUUAAAAUGACGUAAGAUACAAAGUGAUACCAAGAGUCAAAACAAGUUUUAUUUUUACCUACUUGAUUCGAAAAAAAAAAAAUUUUAUAAAUCAUGGCGUACAUAAUUUUGUCAAUAUUAUUUGUGUGACUGUUCCCCAAAGCACCACUGGAAUUCAUAAUUAUAUUCUAAUUUAUACUAACCUGACAUCUUAUUGCAAUGCACACUGCAAUAUAGUAUUUUUUUUCUUGUAUAAAUUAUUAGCAAGGACUGAUUUUAUGCUAAUAGGCAAUUUGUUGUAUAGCAAAAUAUAGUUGAAGAUGGGUGAGUUUGCUGUGCUAUUCAUUACUUUGUGAUGUUGUAUUAUUUACUUAAUUUGAUCAGGAAUAUGCUCUUGUAACUAUUGCCUAUCAUUAACAUCCUAUAUUUUUGACAGUAUUUUCACUUUUGAAACAUUUAUGUGAUAUUCGAUAGACUGAUUUUAUACAAGACAAGAUGCUUACAGGAUUUGUUCUGCAUUUGACAUUUUGACAUCUAUAACGUAUUAUUAUUUGUAGAGAACACAGGAUUAUAGACUAUUAUUUAUAAAAAAGACAUAUGAUACAGACUUAGCAUGCUACAGAAAAGACAGACUGUGGUAGAUCCAGGCAAUUGAUAAUUACGCAUCUACAUCAUUGAUAAUAUUUGUACGUGUCAUGUUAUUCAUAAAAAAAAAACUGGUUAAAGAAAAACAUGUUUUUCAUCACAUCUAACAACCAUAUUGAAAAUCCUUUUUUGAAAGUGUAAUAUGCAAGAGAUUAACUUCAGAGGUACGUAUUUAAAGAUGAAAAAUCAACUUAACUUUAUGAUUUAACUAAAGAAUCAUACUUGAUAUUCAUGUUCCGAAGAUUAUUUCAUUGUAAUGUCGGCUGUUACUGCCGUCAAUGACCUCUUUUCUGUAAUCGCGCCAUGAGAAUUUACUAUUUUCGGCCUUGAGGCAUUGAUUAUACAAUAUACCGGUUGUUUCAAUGUCGACUUUCACCAUUGGGAUCUCGAAAACGGUAAGAGAUACGAAGUCGGUUGAACGAGGGCAAAGUUGCGCAUUUAGGUAACUAAGACAGUGGCACUUGGAAAGUUUCGUUAUUCUGAAUAUUCCCGAAAGGAUACGGAAAAAAUGGAUUCUACAUUCUUUAUUGUUGAACAUACGCUUAUAUCCAGAAACCGACUUACGUUUCUAUGUUAGUUUUCUAAUUUUUAUUUACCUAGAAAGAUGACCUUUUUAUAGUUUAACUAACGUUGAUUGCUUUUGAUUGUUUGAUUUACCAAUAUUAUUUUCUCUAAAGUGAUUUCAUAUUUUUUCCUUUUUUGCCCUCCCCCUUCUCCUGAAACUAAUUUUGCAGACGCCCUUGAUAGAUAUUGAACAAUUUUGCUUGAUACUUCAGAUAGAACCACCACCAUAGUAUUAUUCAAUCAUUCUUCAUCAGUAACCAUACCACUCCCACUAGUGGCAUUCUAGUUUACUGUACAACUACUUAAAAUCUCGAGUAUUAUAAUUUGAAACAUGAGCCGUCUGAGGCAUAUAAUCCAUGUUAAUAAUAGUUUUCUUUCCAUAGAUUUCGGACAUAUUUUUGACUCUGGACACAUGCGGACAGAAAUGAACAUGACAGUGAUUUCUAUAGACCGUAGGACUAUUACAGCACACUUUUCCAUUUUACUGCAUACUGCAAAACUUACGAUUACUAUUGUACCAUGCAUGUGUUUCAUUCAGUUUCGUAUUAUUUUUUUUUCUAGGAUACAGUUACAUAUUUUCAUGUAUGUUUUAUGUAAUAAAAGUCUGAGCAUAAUAUA